AUCACGAAAUGAGGGAAAAAUCCCUAUUUUUUUGACUUUUUCCAAUGAUUUUUAAGGUUCUGAGUAAUUUAGCUCAUCCAAAAUUCCGCAGAAUCUAAGCUGGAUGUUAGUUCAAAGCGACGACUAGUUAGGUUUGAAGUGAAGUGAAGCGAUCGAUCGAGCAAAGCUUCUUCAAUCAUUCCAAAAUGGCGCUGAACUCAACCAAGACUUGUAACAACGCCAUCAACCCUUUUCACAAGUUCUCUACAAAAAUCGCGCUUGAGCUUCUAACUAGAGAUGUUAAAGUUUUGAAACACCUAACGUUGGAUAAAGUCCCUGGUGGUGUUCUCGAAUCCAUCAAAGCCGAGGAGGAAUACUCUGGGUUGAAUUGGUUCUUAUGUUUGACAAAACACRAGGUUAUUUGCGAAUACAACGUKAAGUUCUUAAUUGAGGCGCUAGAGGCGGCAAACAGACAUGACUUGGCGAAGAAGGCUAAGGAAUAUCAAGAUCAAAUCGUUGGGGAACGUGAAGAACUAGACAGAACAGAAACAAGACUAAUUUCCAAGUCUAUUUUCUACACCACUAGAGAUUGCGUUCAUCUAUUUUUCGCUGUGGAAAUGGGAUAUGCUGCUGGCRGCACACAUAUGUGCAAAGGCAUGAUUAAUGCCAGUCAAAAAGCAUUAAAUACCUGCUGUAAAGAGCCRCUACUGAGCCACAACAUUGAACUUGCUCUUAUAAAGUUUGGUAACCAUCAUACCAAAAGGAAUACAAAUUCAUCUGCCCCAAGAGGACAAGAAUCAGAUGUUGCURUCCUUGUGAAAGAAAUGUCWAAGAAUUUGAGCAUGUGUWGUUGCCCCAMCUUKUACUCGYUUUGUGGAGGAAGAGGAGGAACAUCUGGAAUAGCRGAUGCCUUGGCAAAGUUUGUUGAUUAYGUCCAAAGAAAUGAAAUGCAAAGACAAAUCCCGAAAAUUUGUAUAUUGAUAUGCUUUAUUUCCAAAGAAUGUUCCGAUCUUGAGUACUUCCGGUGUCCUGAAGGCAAAGAUGCCAUAAAGCUAUGCAAUACCUUGGCUGAGUGUGCCAUACCCUUAUAUAUAAUUGGCAUUGACCAUGCCGGGGUCCAAGCAUGUGCGAGGGGCACAYCCCAUGUGACAGAAGAAAACCCUUUUCUCUCAGGAAUUACAUUCAUUGGAGGUGGUCAGUAUUUCCAAGUCAGUGAUAUGAAUCACGUCGAACAGGCAAUCAAUUGCAUAAUUAAAGAAAACAURUCAAUAGAGGAACACAUGGGGACAGUCGACGACAUUGUCAUUAUUGAAAGAAACAAAGAGGGUGGUAAUUUGAAUGUUGAGCACCUCGCAGAACACCUUCGAGAGAAUCUGAACCUAAGAUCUUGUACAGUUGACAACAUAAAGCUCAAUAACGAAUCACCACAGGCUAUUUCACAGAUAGUGCAAAGAGUGGCUUGGGCUGAUGACUUAAAUGAUGCUAUAAACGCAGUCAAGUCCUGGAGGGAACAAAAUGAAUCAUUAGACAGAACUAGAUCAAUUGAUUUUUCUCUCUCAAGAGGCUCCCGCAGCUUUUCAAACUAUUCAGCGGUCAGUCAAUAUAGUUGUGAAAGCUUUUCUUCUCUACCAACCAGUGAAAUGCAAGCACAAAAUCAACAAACACUCUUCCCAGAACUGAAACCAAAUUCAGCAUCAUCUAUGUCAAGAAGUAUUUUUUCCUCUGGCCAUACAUCUACCAGUGGAGGUGAAAGUGCUAGUUUUCAAUCACUAUUUUCCAGCACAACGACACAAAACCUGCAAACGCAUCAGCCGAUGGAGCCGUCUUUGAAACCAAGUACCCGCAGAAGGAAGAGAAAAGCAGAGCACACAACAACGACUCAGAACAAGMGUCGGAAUGAUUCUGAAUCUACAAAGAACAACAGCAGCUUCCUCACAUUAGCCGAGAGGCAGAGAGUAGGUAUGGAUGUUGCGCGACGAAUGGUGAGACGACAGAUUACGAGGCAGGCGUAUUACCAGAGAAUUAAGUAAUAUUUCAAACACGUGUUUCAUCUGAUUUCCAAACACCAAGAAGUGAAUUGAAAAAACGUAGCAAGGCAGAGCCAAGUUUCUUAAACCAGCUUCGAGGUUUGGACUCAUACACCAGAGGUUAGACACUCAGACAUCCCAGCCAACAAGACGAGUGCGAGAGUAUAUAUAUAUAUAAAUAAUAUAUAAAUAAUAUAUAUA